GGGUGGGAGCGGGCGGGCGGCCAUGGCGGGGCUGGAGCUGCUGUCAGACCAGGGAUACCGCGUGGACGGCAGGAAGGCGGCGGAGCUGCGGAAACUGAGGGCCCGGAUGGGGGUGUUCGGUCAGGCCGACGGCUCGGCCUAUAUCGAGCAGGGAAACACCAAGGCCCUGGCCGUGGUCUAUGGGCCGCACGAGAUCCGUGGCGGACGGAGUAAGGCGCUGCACGACAAGGCGCUGGUGAACUGCCAGUACAGCAUGGCCACCUUCAGCACUGGCGAGCGCAAGAGACGGCCACAUGGAGACCGCAAAUCAACCGAGAUGACUCUGCACCUCAAGCAAACCUUCGAGGCUGCCAUCAUGACCCAGCUGUACCCUCGCUCUCAGAUUGACAUCUACGUACAGAUUCUGCAAGCGGACGGUGGUAACUAUUGCGCCUGUGUCAACGCAGCUACGCUGGCGGUGAUCAACGCAGGGAUUCCCAUGAAGGACUACGUGUGUGCCUGCUCCACAGGCUUCAUUGAAGACAGUCCCCUGGUGGACCUGAGCUACAUUGAGGAGUCUACGGGGGGGCCUCAGGUGGCCCUCGCCUUGCUCCCCAAGUCCGAGCAGAUUGCGCUGCUGGAGAUGAAUGGCCGGCUGCAUGAGGACCACAUGGAGCGGGUGGUGGACGCGGCGACCAAGGGCUGCCGGGAUGUGUACGCCGUGCUGGACCGCAUCGUGCGAGAGCACAUGGAGGAGGUCUCGCCAACCACCUUAGUGGGCGAGUAAGGCUCUGAGGGGCUGUAAGGGUGAGCGAGUAAUAGUGAGGCUGGAAAUAAUAUAAACCUUGCAUUCGGUAUAGCGCCUUAUCACGUUGUUGAGACGUCUCAAAGCACUUCACAGAAUAUACUGUAAAGUGUAGUGACUGUGUAUUUGGUGGAGAAACACAGCAGCUGAUUCCGUGCAGCAGUAUCCCACAAACAGUCGUGGAUUGAGGUUUUUGAGUUUCUUAGGAUAUUCUUAAGAAGUGAGCCAAGGUGCCAUCUGUCGUGAAGGGCACUGUAUAAAUGCUUGUUGUUGUAAGAGCUUCUCUCUCGUGUUCACUUCCACAACUCCCCCACCGGAAUGUCUGGCCACCCAGCCAACGCUCUGCCCCUGACAAAGCUUCAUCCUUCAUGUGACAGACAGAAUAAUCUGAGAAUGGUUGACCCGGACACAGGACAAGACAGGACAAGCUCAUCCUUUCCCGCUCUCUGUGUACAAUAACCUGGAAAGAGUGCAUUUAAUGGGAGUUUCUGUCCUGUUGGAUGUAUCGGUGGGACAGGAGAUGGACCCUGUUUAUACUGUUUAUUGUCUGUAAACCUGAAAAUAAAGUUUUUAAUGUUUUUAUUA